UAUGGCUGGCGGGCGGUUUUAUACAGAGGGCCUCUCUGUUUACCAGCUUCUACCAUAGAGCUUGGAAGGAGUGAUAGCGCGCCGCUGUGGCAUUAUAGAGCGUAGACAUGUGAGGGGCAGAGCGACCCCCUGAGCAGCUACCGCAGGAAUCUUAAAAACUACCCAGAAUACAGCGGGAGAUUUGCAGAACUCUUGGCAUCCACAUUGUCACAUGACCAUCCGUUUAUACUCUGACCCAAGUGUAAAGUCCUACCCGUAGGUUUGCUUUAUAGAUGUCCCUUGUGCUGGGUGCUAGCACAUAAUAUCAGUCUUCUGAUCCAUUGCUGCUGUCCCGAUGCGACUACAACAUGGAGGUUGGGAAGAAGCUCCUUAACUCUGUCCCUGGAUGUGUAGAUGACGCUCUUCACGGCCUGGUGUCCUGCUCUCCGGGGCUGCGUGUACUCCAGGGACACCGAGUCGUAUUGCGUUCCGAUCUUGAUCAGGUGAAGGGACGUGUAGCGCUGUUGUCUGGCGGGGGCUCAGGACAUGAACCAGCACACGCAGGAUAUGUUGGUCAGGGCAUGCUUACUGGGGUCAUUGCCGGUCCUGUCUUCACAUCACCUCCAGUUGGAAGCAUUGUGGCAGCCAUCAGGACAGUGGCCCAGGCAGGAGCAGCUGGAGUUCUGUUACUGGUGAAGAAUUAUACAGGUGACCGUCUGAAUUUUGGUUUAGCUCUGGAGCGUGCACGGAGGGAUGGGGUUGAUGCAGAAAUGGUAGUAAUUGCAGAUGAUUGCGCCUUCGUCUCACCUCGCAAGGCUGGACGCCGAGGGCUGUGUGGAAUCAUACUGAUCCAUAAGAUCGCAGGAGCUCUAGCAGAGGAAGGAAAAAGUUUGCAAGAAAUCGCUUCAUUCGUGAAAAACUCUGCUGCGGGAAUUGGUACACUGGGAGUCAGUCUCUCUCCGUGCAGCGUGCCAGGCUCUGGACCAACUUUUAAACUUGGCUCUGAUGAGAUAGAACUGGGACUAGGUAUACAUGGAGAAGCUGGGGUACAGAGAUACAAGAUGAUGUCUUGUGAUGAGGUUGUGAAGCUCAUGAUUGAUCAUAUGACCGAUCCAGCCAGCAAGUCAAGGGUGGACAUACAUUCGGGUGACCCCAUUAUAUUAAUUGUGAAUAACCUGGGAGGUUUAUCCUGUCUGGAGCUACAAAUAGUGGCCGGCUCGGCUGUGCGUUUUCUAGAGGGUCGUGGGCUACGCAUAGAGCGUGCAAUGACUGGAUCCUUCAUGACGGCUCUAGAGAUGAGUGGCGUCUCCCUCACCCUAAUGAAGACAUCACCAGAAAUUCUGCAGCUCUUUGAUAAGGACACAUCAGCUCCUGCUUGGCCUCGUGUAUCGCACGUUCCCGUGACGGGUCGGACCCGCACUUUCCCAUGUGCUCCUGAAAGCCCACAGCCGAAGGAGGCUCACCCUGACGUCAAGAGCGUGCAGGUCUACAGCCGUGUACUCGGGUACGUGUGCAACUCGCUCCUAUCCCUGGAGGAGGAGCUAAAUGACUUGGACCGGGCAGCUGGGGACGGUGAUUGUGGGAGCACGCAUGCAAGGGCAGCCCAUGCCAUCAAGGACUGGAUAAGCAGUGGGCAGCUCCCCUCUCACCCAUCGCGGUUUCUUGCCGCACUGUCACAUGUACUGCUGGAGAAGAUGGGGGGGACUUCAGGAGCGUUGUAUAGUCUUUUCUUAAUGGCUGCCGCUCAACCCCUGCAAAAUAAGUCUGGACCCCAGGCGUGGGCAACAGCAAUGGAGGCUGGGAUACAGGCAAUGAAGAGAUAUGGCGGAGCAGAGCCUGGGGACAGGACAAUGCUGGACUCCCUGUCUGCUGCCAACGUCGUGCUGCAAUCUCUACACACCCCGAACUGCAACGCAAUGGAGAUUCUUGGCCGCGCUGCAAAGAGCGCCUCCGAUGCUGCAGAAGAGACCAAGCACAUGACAGCUGGAGCUGGCCGGGCCAGUUACAUAGGGUCCUCCACGCUCAGUCGUCCGGAUCCAGGGGCCAAAGCUGCUGCGGCUAUCCUGCAAGCAAUAUGGGACGGUUUGAACGACGGUUCUUAGAGUGUUAUACUGAUAUCUUUCCCCUUAGAGGUUUUUAAGCUGAAGUAUUCCCCUUGUGAUGCACAAAUCACAGUCUACAAUCUCUUAGCUUAUUCUGCCAGAAAUUAUUUGCUACCAGUAUCCAGAUCUCGCUGAACCAGCUUUGCGUUUUCAUACCCAAUAACCAUGGCUUUUCCUCUGCAAAUUUCCUUUCUUCUAGCAAAACAGUCCUAAAAUAAAAAAAAGACUUGUGACAGUUGUU